CGGUCGCCACAGCUACUGGACUUUUUUGAGGGGGAGCUGCCUGAGUCACUGAGUCACACCGAAGAUAUUUGGAGAUGAGUGCCAAGAGCAGGAGACCCGGGACCGGCGGCAGCCAGACGCCCAACGAGUGCGUCCAGGUGGUGGUCCGAUGCAGGCCGAUGAGCAACCGCGAGCGCUCGGAAGGAUCGCCGGAGGUGGUCAACGUCUAUCCCAAUCGGGGCGUCGUGGAGCUGCAGAAUGUGGUGGACGCCAACAAGGAGCAGCGCAAGGUCUUCACCUACGAUGCGGCCUACGAUGCGAGCGCCUCGCAGACGACGCUCUACCACGAGGUGGUCUUUCCCUUGGUCAGCUCCGUUCUGGAGGGAUUCAAUGGUUGCAUCUUCGCGUAUGGGCAAACGGGCACUGGCAAAACCUUCACCAUGGAGGGAGUGCGCGGAAAUGACGACCUAAUGGGCAUCAUACCGCGCACCUUCGAACAGAUCUGGCUGCACAUCAAUCGCACCGAGAAUUUCCAGUUCCUUGUGGAUGUCUCCUAUCUGGAGAUCUACAUGGAGGAGCUGCGCGAUCUCCUCAAGCCGAACUCCAAGCACCUCGAGGUGCGGGAACGGGGAUCGGGCGUCUACGUGCCCAAUCUGCAUGCCAUCAACUGCAAGAGUGUGGAGGAUAUGAUCAAGGUGAUGCAGGUGGGCAACAAGAAUCGCACCGUGGGAUUCACCAACAUGAAUGAGCACAGUUCAAGAUCCCAUGCCAUUUUCAUGAUUAAAAUCGAAAUGUGCGACACGGAGACGAACACCAUCAAGGUGGGCAAGCUGAAUCUCAUCGAUUUGGCCGGCAGCGAGCGGCAGUCGAAGACGGGAGCAUCGGCGGAGCGCCUCAAGGAGGCCAGCAAGAUCAAUCUGGCGCUCUCUUCGCUGGGCAACGUCAUCUCCGCCCUGGCCGAGAGUUCUCCCCAUGUUCCCUACCGCGACUCGAAGCUAACGCGAUUACUACAGGACUCCCUGGGUGGCAAUUCCAAGACCAUUAUGAUUGCCAACAUUGGACCCUCCAACUACAACUAUAACGAAACGCUAACCACCCUGCGUUACGCCUCGCGGGCCAAGUCCAUUCAGAAUCAGCCGAUCAAGAACGAAGAUCCGCAGGAUGCCAAGCUGAAGGAGUACCAAGCCGAAAUCGAGCGACUCAAGCGGCUGAUUGCUCCGCAACAGCAGCAGCGCAGCGAGAAGCUGGUGACGAUCAAGAAGCAGCGCGUCAAGAAGCCCAAAAAGGAGCCCGCAACCGACUCCCUGCAGGUCUCCGCCAUUGAGCAGCCGGCGGAAGAGGAGAGCGAGGCAGAGGGCGCCGAAUCCGAGUCGGACAAGGAAAACGAGGCCGAGGUGGCCAAGUCCAAUGAGGAACUCGAGCGAGAGCGUGUGGAGAACACCAAGCUGGCCGCCAAGUUGGCCGAACUGGAAGGUCAACUGGUGCGCGGCGGCAAAAACCUGUUGGACACGUACAGCGAGCGGCAGAUUGAGUUGGAGAAGAAGCUGGUGGAAAUCGCGGAGCGCAAGAAGCGCGAAAUCGAAAUCCAACAGCAGCUGGAGCUGCAGGAGGAGACCACGCUGGAGAUACGCGAACGGAACGUUUCACUCGAGCAGGAAGUGGAGCUGAAGAAGCGCAAGCUCUCCAAGUGCUAUGCCAAGUACUUGGCGCUGCAGCAGGAGCUCAAUGACUGCAAGUCGGACCACAACCAGGACCUCAGGGAACUCGAGAUGGCCCAGAACGAACUGGUGAAGGAGUUGAAGCGCCAGCUGCUCAUUAUCGACAACUUUGUUCCCAUCGAGGUGAAGCAGCGUCUCUACACGCAGGCCAAGUACGACGAGGAGCAGGAGGAGUGGAAGUUCUCCUCGAUGUCCCUGCCCGCUCCCCCCGGUGGCGAUGGCAAGUUCAGCAGCAGGCGACCCGUUUCGCAUCCUCAGCGCAGGAGACCCAUUUCCGAGCACGCCCUGCAGGAAGCCAAGUCGAAUGCCCCGAGCUCGCUGCGCUUCAAGAGCGAGAAUAUAGUAAACUACGAGCUGGAGAUGCCUUGCCGCACCACGCAGGAGUAUCGCACGCCCAAGGUCUCGGCCUCGCUGCAGGCGGUGCUCGCCCAGGCCAUGCAAACGGGCGGCGACGACAUCGACAUUGUGGAUUCACACACAAAUUCACUGCGCAGCCGUCUGGAGAACAUCAUCAAUGCGAAUGCGAAUGGAGGAGCUAAUCCUGGUGCUGGCUCAGCUGUGGGCAGCUCCAUUCCCAAUGUCCGAAAUAUUAAAUCGAGCCGAGGUUUGCCCAGUGCCGCCUCCAAUCUGGACUCCAACCGCCGUCCGCCCACGGGCCGUCUGCCGGCAAAGAAGCCAGCUUCGGCGUAUCCCAAAGCCCGCGGCCUGGUCAACAAAUAAUCACAAGCGAAUAGAAUUAUCAUGCUAAAACACAACACUAACCAAAGUAUUUCAUAGUCAUCGCAAUAUGUACACCUCGGUACUCCUAGCCCAAUCUACUCACAUUUCGCGCUUUGUAAAACGUUUCC